CGAGGUAUACGUUCCAUUGCUUGUUGCAGAGGCUGCUAUCUAUCACGGGUCUAGUACAAUGCAUACCAUCUGACGUUGAAUGCUCGUAUCUACAUUCGUAUCCACGCUCAUGUUCGUGUUCGUCGGCCCGCAGCGUUUCAACCCGGAAUGGUGGGUGCGUGGUACUGUGGUUCUUCCACCAACGCCACCACAUGCCAAUACGACGAAGUAUACUCCGGUUUGUAUCGAGUCAACAGCAACACAAAUUGGACGCAUAAGUAUGGACAAACGUCACACGUUUCCAACGGCAAGACAUUCUGACAUACACUGCUGUUACUUGCCUACAGUCACAUAUACAGUCGCGCUCAAUUUAAGGCUCAAAGGUUAUAUUGAUUUAUUGACUGUAGACAUCUGCUUCUGUUUGCGCCGAAGGAGAAGGACUGGAGACCACCCGUAUCCGCUGAACAAGAAACAACCACCCAGCUAAAGUGAAGUUGUGGCCGAGACCUAAACAGUGUUCGUUCGCAGCCCUGUAAAAAGACAUACAUAUCCCAAUAACCAGACACAAUCAGGCAGACAAAUCAUUGCUUGGACGGUUCGCCUGACCAAACAAAAUUGACCGGAUGCCUCCACCUGACUUUUGCUUCGAACUCCGUCCCGGAUCUCGCUGCUCAUGAUAACGAAGUUCAGUACGACCCGCAUCACUGUGUUGUCGUGGGUAGCCAUCACGCCCGCUGGGCUCA